GUAUGAAGCUUCGUGACGACCGGCUCAAGAGCAUGCUGGAUCUGCUCAGUUCCAUACGGACCGUGAAAAUGUAUGCUUGGGAACAAAGUCAUCUCGACUCUCUGAAGCGCCUUAGGGAGCGGGAGUUAAAGCAUGUUCUCAAAGUCAACAUCAUCAAUGGAACAGUGGAUGCCAUCUACAGUGCCCUGAGUUCUGUGAUGAUCAUCGUAAUGUACGGGUCGCUGGCUCUUCUGGACCCGACUCGCCUGCUUACGGCUUCCGAAGCAUUCACUUGUAUCUACCUCCUUUCGAUCAUCGAAGGCUUCUGUGCAGUUCUCACUAUCGCCAUGAGGACAAUAAACGCGACUGGCAUUUCUCUGACCAGAGCGGUGAAGUUAUGUACGGCCGAAGAAGCAACGGAUGACCAAGCACUCAUCACCUACUCGUGCGUUCAAAAAGGCGAGGUCUUCCUGCAAGACUGUACGUUCUCCAGGACCGGGGAUGAAGACUGCCCACCGGCUCUUAAAGGGAUCAACCUAAGCGUGCCUCCAGGUUCACUAGUAGCCAUCGUUGGCUUCGUAGGUAGCGGCAAGUCCACACUUCUAGCCGCGAUCUUGGGAGACCUGCAUCGCGUCGAGGGCACCGUCCGCAUUAGCGGCACCAUCGGUUACGUACCACAAGCUGCCACGGUGUUCAACGCCACAUUACGCGACAACAUUCUUUUUGGCAAGCCGUACGACCCAACUCUUUACCGUCGCGUGCUGGACGCCUGCGAACUAGCCAAGGACAUCAACUCUUUCCCUGCCGGUGACCUGACUGAAGUUGGCGAAAAGGGUUACAACCUCAGCGGCGGCCAGAAGCAGCGCGUGUCCCUGGCGCGCGCCGCCUACCACCAGUGCAGCAUCUACGUCCUGGAUGACCCGCUCAGCGCGCUUGACCCGCACGUUGGAUCAAAGGUGUUCAAGAAGCUCCUGGGCAAGAGUGGAAUGCUGAAGGACAAGACCCGGCUGUUGGUGACCAACCAGGGUUACCUACUGAAACAUGCCGACCAGUUGUUUCUGAUGUGUGGAAAGACGGGCGUGUCGUACAGCCGCCAUUCGGAGCUGCUCAAAGAUCCUAGGGCACCGGUGACUCUAACCCUUGGAUCAUCAGGCAAUGCAGGGUACGCCCAGGAGAAAACAGGCGGGCAGUUCCCGUUCAGCAAACUGGCCCACUGCAUUCGGCUAGACGACACUCCACAGCACAGCGCUCUCAGCAGUGGUCCGGCGAGCGUCCCCUACCAGUCUGCUACAACUGUGGUGUUGAAGGCCACAUUGCCAGACAAAGUCUCUGCUAAUACCAACACCGCUACGAAACCGUUCUCCGGCCUCCGACCGCAGCGUGACACCACCACCGGCCUCUCGCGCCAACCGAUCGCCGUCUCCUCGGCACCGCUAUCCCUCGCCUCCUCCGGAAAACUAGGCGGCGCGGCCGUUGGAGGAGUCUUGUUGCUGGCAGCAAGUGCGGCGGCUGCGUCCUGGCAGUUGGUGUGGAUCAAAGACUGGACAGAUGCCAGUGGACCGGAAAGCACAAGCAACCCCUACGAUUCUUACUGGAUUCUGGGGCUGGCCGCCUUAUCGUUUGGCGCAGUGGCCACACGCCUAGCUGGCAAUAUACUGCUGUCGUUCGCCAUGAACCGGCUGUCGCGGGUGCUGCAUCACGAUAUGCUAGAACACGUGCUCUUCAGCCCCGUCUCGUUCUUCGAUGCGACUCCACGAGGAAGAAUCCUGAACCGCUUUACAGCUGACCUCAACGACGUGGAUACGCGCAUGUCAGUCUUGGGCCGCCAGACGAUACAGAACAGCCUGGUGGCUCUGUCACGGCUCGCAGUCAUCGGCACCGAGAGCGUAGCGGUCAUCGCUAUUGGCCUCGUCGUGCUAGCAAUUUUUGCGGUUGGUUUGGGCAUCCUUACUUCUGCAGUGAAUGCCACGCGCUUCAUCAGGAGUGCUCACUUCUCCCGCAUGCUUCAGCACGUGACGGAGACUGUCGACUCGCUGACCAUCGUGCGUGUGUUUGGCAUGACGGAGCGCUUCUACGCGCGCUUCUGUCGGCUGGCGGACCAGAACCUGCGCGUGUCCCUCGCUUCGGUAACGUGCAGCAGGUUGACGAGGACGUUCGCCGUAGCCUGCAGCCAGGCUGUCGUGCUCUCUACGUUGGUAUUCACCGUCGUCGGAAUUGAUGCGGCCGAUGUGUCGAGCUCGAGCAGCAUCGGCCUGGCUCUCAACUCUUCUUUAUCGAUACCAACAACGAUGACCAUGCUCUGCGUAACCUACUUGGGGAUGACGCAAAUUAUGGUCGCCUUGGAACGUGACAUAGAGUUCACGGAGCUGCCGAAAGAGGUAGAAGUAGAGAAGAUGGCCGUCGAGCCUACGAGGCAUAACGAACCAGACUCCAGAAAUGGUGCUGCUGUAACACCGUUUCAUCGAGUCGACUCAACGUGGCCCACGGAAGGACGAGUCGAAUUCCAGGACUUGAGCGCCUCCUACAGGCCUAUGGUGCUUGAAGAUUCGCUCAAGCAUGUCACAUUCACAGUUCGUCCGAAGGAAAAGGUUGGUAUUGUAGGUCGCACAGGUGCGGGCAAGUCAUCACUCGUCCUGGCCCUGCUACGGGUGCUCAAGAGCACAAAUGGCCGGAUAUUAAUUGAUGACGUCGACAUUGCCUCCGUGCCACUGCCGAGGUUGCGCACUGCUAUCACCGUCAUUCCUCAGGAUCCGAAUCUGGUGCGGGGUACACUUCGUGCCAACUUGGACCCCACGCAGAAGCACACGGACGAGGAGUUGUGGGAAGUUUUGCGACAGGCCCAUCUCUCUGACUUUGUGUCCAAGCAGCCGCUGAAGCUACUACUCGAGACUGGAGACGGCGGCAGCAAUCUGAGUGCUGGGCAGCGGCAGCUGGUGUGCUUGGCGCGCGCCCUUUUGCGGAGACCAAAGAUCCUGGUACUGGACGAAGCCACCUCACAUAUGGACGGCGACACAGACAGCCUGAUCCAAGCGACGCUGCGGGACAGCUUCGCCAACUUCACGCUCCUCACCGUGGCGCACCGGCUGCACACUGUGCUCGAUUACGACAGGAUACUCGUCAUGAGCGAAGGAAGUGUCGUCGAAUAUGGAACUUUGGAUGAACUCCUCAAAGACAGCACAUCGAUGUUCUAUGACAUGGCGGCCAAAGCAGGAAUAACGUCUAACAGCAUCAGAGAGAAGGAUGUGUUCUCUUCUACCGAGCCUUGCACGCACCUCUGAGAAAUCCGAGCUGCAGAGAAGGAAGCAGCUCGCGAGCUCCUCAUAAAGCCCACAGCAGCAUCCCACAGGAGCAGCGCACGUACUGGCUUCAUAGAUGUGGCGCUCGUCAAAAAUGCCAUGCGACAUCUAGCAGCUUGCGGUUCCUGCAAAAUAAUGUGUGGAGCAGGCCAACAAGGUCAUAAAUAGUCACCUAGGACGUGGAGAGUUUAAAUCAAUAAAUAUAC